UGUCAAAUUCAAACCAUUCCAGUAUGGGAUUGCGCGGAUAAAAAUGCAGCUGUGGAUCUCACAGUUCAACUCUCAGCCAUAUGAAUGUGUCUUCACCGGAACAUGCCAUCCCAACAUGGCUUUACCAUUAGAAGAAUUUGAAAGAUUAAAUGCUCUUUCUAAGAAAGUAGACGUUCCUCCAGGAAAGGCAAUGACACACAUACCUUUCCAGCGACCGCCACCAAAACGAAAGCCUCCGAAGAUUAAGGAAAUUGAAUAUCAGAACUUGAGAUUUCCAGUAGAUUUAUCGAAUCCAUUUGCUGUGGCAACUGUUUUAAACCAAGAACCAGGAAAAUUGAAGAUUAAAGAAUUAAGAGAAGGUAACUAGUUGAUCCAUUGUAAAUCAGCCACUGGCCGAAUAGUGAAGAAUUAUUGCUUGUCACAUUUACUAUUUAUGAACAACAACAGCAAAACUCAGUUAGAUGGCUGUUAUGUUUUACCAUUAGAAAUGUGGUUUUCUCCAGGCACUUGGGUAGCUCAGUCAUUAAGCGUCUG